AUGCCCUGGCCCAAGGGCAGCGAUGUGACCUUCGUGGUGGGCAGGGAGCAGCAGAAGGUGUUUGCGCACCGCUGCGUGCUGGCAUGCCGCUGCCAGGCUUUCCGGGGGAUGCUCAGCCAGGAAUUGGUGGGCAGCGAGGAUCCCCCUGGCAGCAUCCCACCCCAAGGCCCCUUCAUCCUGGGCAACGUUCAGCCUGAGGUCUUCCUGGCCGUCAUCGAGUUCCUCUACACCAACAGCGUCACCCUCAACAGCCACAUCGCUCUGGAGGUGCUGACCUCAUCAGUGGAGUACGGCCUGCAGGACCUGUGCAAGCUCUGUGUCAAGUUCAUCAAGGACACACUGAGCGUGGAGCAGGUCUGCGAGGCUCUGCAGGCUGCGGUGACCUAUGGGCAGGCAGACCUCCAGCAGCACUGCCUGGCCUUCAUCGAGGGCUGCACUGCGGCAGUGGUGCGGACGCAGGGCUUCCACGAGCUCUCCGACGUGGUGCUGGCGUGGGUGCUGCGCAGCGACCGCCUGGCUGUGGAUGAGUUGGACCUGGUGCAGGCUGUGCGGGAGUGGGCGCACGUCAGCUCGCCCGUCCUGGAGCGCCCAGUGCCCGAGGUGGCUGCUCUGCCUGUGCGGGAGCUGCGCCUGCCCUUGCUGGCACCCAACGAGCUGGCAACACUGGAGAGCCACAACCAGCGGGACCUGCUCAUCCCGGUGGAGAGCAUCGCGGCAGCCUGGCGGGCCCACGCGCUGAGGAAGGGCAGCGGGGUGCCCUCCUGCCUCUGCCGGCCCCGGCACGGCACGCGGCCCCGCGACCACCACCGUCACCUGGACCCGCACACCAAGUAG